AUGACUUCCUCUGCUGUUAGUGAUGUUGAAAUAUAGAAAUAGGCAUAAUAAUAAUAAAAUAAUAUACUUGCAAUAUUGAAAUCUGGUAAUGCAACAGUUGUGAAUGAGAAAUUGUAAAGAUGCAAAGAUUUUAAGGAUGGUAAGGAUAUUGCAAUUCCAUUUUGCUACAAAGGUAAAUAUUAAAUGAUGAGAGUUUAGAAAACUCACCAAAGGAAGAGCUAGUACUAGAGCAUGUUUAAUAAUUUCAAAAGCAGUUUCAAUUACAUUAUGAUGAGAAGAGAAAUCUGUUUCUUUAUCCCAAAAAUGAGUGUGAUUUGUACAAAUUUAUCUGCACAACAAUUCGGCCUCAAAAAAUCGGAUAUUUGGAGCUCUAUAAUUACGAAUAGUGUGCGAGAUAUAUGAGUUUUUUUAUUGCUUAUGAAUAAUUGGAUCCUCCUGAUUAAUUCCCUAAGGUAAUACCAAGUCCAACUAAUGUUGCGAGAUGGUAAAAGGGAGAUUGCUUUGAUUUGUCCAUAUUACUUUGCAGUGUUUUAAUUGGAGUGGGUUAUGAUGCCUAUUGUGUUUAUGGAACAGCUCCAAGGUCAAUUACAAGUAAAAAUGAAUCAGAUCUUGAUUACAUCUUCAUUAACAAUGGAAUAAAGGAGGACAGCGAAGACAAAGACAAGGAUAAUGAUGAACUCAAAGACAAUGAAUUCGCUAUUCUCCCAAAAGAGGAGAUUAUCUCUAAAUAUGACACUAAAAUACAAAAGUAGAAGGAAGAAUACGAAAAAGAGCAACGAAGAAUAGCUUUAACUAUAGACGAUGAUGAACCUGACCAAAUGGGACAAGAUUUUUAUGCUGGAAGGAGAAUUCAUUGUUGGAUUCUCUUGAAGGCAGGAAAGAGAGGAGUUGAAAGAAAUCUCUUCAUUGAACCCUCAACAGGAAGAAUCUAUUAGAUUAAUGAUAGUCCCUUUCUAUCUGUUGAUGCUGUAUUCAACAAUAGGAACUUUUGGAUUAAUAUGAAACUUGAAUCAAAGGUUGCUGAUUUAAAUUUUGAUGAAAUGGAUACUUCUAUGAAUUGGGAAUAUGUUAUGCUCGACACUUUGGUUGAACAGGCAUAAUAAGAUGAUGAAGAUUAUAAUUAUGGUGAAGAUCAUAACCAAUAAUAAAAGCAAGUAGAUCCACAAUAAUAACAAUUGCAAGACAUAGCUUAAAUCUUAGAUAUGCCUCCACCAUGGCCACCGAAAAUCUUUAUUGAUAAAGAGUGCUUUCUCAAAGGAACUCCUUUAGGAGAGUCAACGGUCUUUUAUAAGAAAUGUAAAAUAGACUCCUUUGCUCCUUACUCUCAAGAACAAGAUGGACUCGUCUAGAGAUUUACCAUCUAUCAGGAUUACAAAAGAUUGAAAAUACAAGAAAUAAGGUACUUUUACAAACAUAGAUCUGACAAAUUAGUGUUGAAAAGGAGAUUCCCUUACGAAUUUAAAACUAUUGAGGAGUAUGAACCUGGUAAUAAACCACAACGUAAGACUAUUACUACAAUUGACAGACAAUUGAGAAUCAUUAUUUAUUACCCCACUAGAAAUCAUGAUGGAUUGAUCAAAAGAAUCGAAAAGAUAGGAGAAAAGACUAUUGAAGAAUAUGAAAACAGAGAUGAUCGUGUUAUUUAUCGAUCUGUUAGAUUUGAUCCAAAAGAUAAGAAGUUUGAAUAAAGAGACUUAACACACAAUGAUAGAUAUAUGGGUUAAGUCAAAAUUACUAAAAUGACUUAAAAAUAUGAAUUGAGCGAACUCUAUCCAGCUAGUGAAUAACCAUAGAAGGUUGUUAUUGAUUUGCAAAAGAAUCUUAUUAAGUAAUUAGAUUUGGUAUUUUAGAGUCUACUAUCAUAUGAAUAAAGGAGAAAUCAAUCCAUAAUUCAAAGAGUUAAAAAGAGAGAAUAUGCAUAGCUUGGGCAAAUUGACUGAACCUGGAGUUGAAAAAAAAAAUGAAGAUGCUUUGGUAUCAUAAGAGAAUUAACGCAUUGCUAAUCUAGGUAAAUUAUGUAUAAUAUCUUUAUUAAGAGAAGGAAUGCUUAACGCACAUCAAAAAUUAGGAGGAUGAAGUCAAAAAAGAUGAGGAAUAGCUUCGAUCUUAAGAUUUAAAGUUGGAGAAGACUCUUCAUGAUAAAGCUAGAGAAAGAUAUAAGGAAACCUUAAAGAAAUCAGAAGAGGAAAAAUAGAGAGAAUAAGCUGAUAAGGAUUAUUUGUAUCCAUAUUUAGAAAAAAGAAAACUUUAAGGAAAGGAAGUUCUAUCAUACAAUGAGGCUUUGGAAAUACAAAAAGAUGUCAUGACCAAAUUGAAGGAACGGUAUCAUAUUUAAACUAUUUCUAGUUUAUUAUCAAGAGCAGCUAUCAUUUAGAAAAAACUUGAAGAGGAAAGAGCAAAAUUAGAUUAAGCUGAAUAAAUGUAAUAAAAGAAAUCAGAUCCUGAUGAUAACGAAUAUAUUAACAUUCAAUUUAGAAUAGAUAUUUUAGAAUAAAGAGCUAUUAGAUUUGAAUCUUAGGCUCUAGUUAAAUAUGAAGAAAUGGAUAGAAAAUUAAAGGAAGAUAAAAGAUUGUCAGAACUAAAGAAGAAAUGA